UACUAUCCUUCUGCACCCAAAAGUGAAAACUGUGGCAAAGUUGAGCCUUUACCAGUUCCUCAAUUACAGGUCUACUCGAUGGCAACAGAGAGGCACCAAGCUGGUUUAGAGAUUUUUGAGUACCUGACCACCAAUGCGCAUCAAAUACAAGAACAAGUAUUAGAGGAGAUACUUAAUCGAAAUGCAAGAACAGAGUAUCUGAGGGGCUUUCUUAAUGGCCAAUGUGACAAGCAACUCUUCAAAAAGAAUGUUCCCAUUAUUACUUACCAAGAUGUUGAGCCUUACAUAAAUAGGAUCGCUAAUGGGGAGCCAUCGGAUAUCCUUUUGGCUGAACCUCUUACUGGGUUCUAUCGAAGCACUGGAACUUCAGGAGGGCAACCAAAACUGAUACCUUCAAUUGAUGAAGAGGACAAAUUGGUAUUACGUGAUACCCUAAUAGAAUCUGUCAUUAGAAAGCACUUUGGUGACUUAGAUAAAGCCGGAAAAAGAAUGGAACUUAUGUUUGCCAAACCAGAGAUUGAAACUCCAUCUGGCUUAAUGGCAAGAACUGCCACAACAGUUUUAUUCAAGCGCAGUAGCUUUAUAAACAUCUUACCCAAGCUUUACACAAGCCCAAUUGAGACAAUCUUUUGCUUAGACACCAACCAGAGCAUGUAUUGUCAAUUACUUGCAGGUUUAAUACAGCGAGAUGAGGUUGUAAGGAUUGGCUCAAUCUUUGCAUCUGCAGUGCUAAGAGCUAUCAAGUGUUUAGAAGAUCGUUGGAAAGAGCUAUGCUCUAACAUAAAAACAGGUCAUGUAAGCGAUUGGAUCACAGACUCAGGAUGUAGAAAUGCACUGUCAUUGAUCUUGAAGCCUAAUCCAGAUUUGGCUGAUUCAAUAGAAAACAUAUGCGGUUGUGAAUCAUGGGAAGGAAUAAUCAAAAAGCUUUGGCCUAAAGCAAAGUAUAUCGGUGCCAUUACUACAGGUUUUAUGAGUCAAUAUACUGCAGCACUUGAAUUCUACAGUGGAGGGCUCCCUUUAGUGUCAAGCUUUUAUGUUUGCUCUGAAGCUAUGUGUGGGAUCAAUCUAGAACCUCUAAAAAGGCAUGCUGAUGUCUCCUACACCAUUGUCCCCAAUAUGGCGUACUUUGAGUUCCUUCCUGUGAAGAAAGAUUGUCCAACAAUAUUUCCAGAUCAGGUUGGGGUUUCACACCAAGAAUCGAAGGAAAUGAAGAGCAACAAUGAAGUUAUUGAACCUGUUGAUCUUGUAAAUGUGGAGCCUGGUCAAUGUUAUGAACUAAUUGUCACAACUUCUGCAGGCUUAUAUCGUUACAAAAUUGGAGAUAUUCUUAUGGCAACUGGUUUCCACAAUAAUGCACCUCAAUUCCAAUUUGUGGAGCGACAAAAUGUAAUUCUAAGUAUUGAUGCAGAAAAAACAAGUGAAGCAGACCUCUUAAGGGCAGUGACAAAAGCAAAGGCUCUUCUUGAUCCACUUGGCUUUCUCUUGACAGGGUACUCUAGCUAUGCUGAUACUUCAUCAACACCAGGUUACUAUGUAUUAUUUUGGGAACUUAAGAGGAAGGAAAGCAACGAUACGAAAGAGCUUGAUCCCAAGAUAAUGGUAGAAUGUUGCUCCAGAAUGGAAGAGUCACUCAAUUACACGUAUAAAGUCUAUAGGAAGGAAAAUACAAUUGCACCUUUGGAGAUUAGGGUGGUAAAGGAAGGAACUUUUGAUGCCCUUAUGGAUUACUAUGUAUCACAAGGAGUUUCUAUGAGCCAAUACAAGGCACCUAGUUGCAUCAAAUCUAAGGAAGUCAUGAAAAUUUUAGAUUCCGGAGUGAUAGGAAAGUUUUCCAAUCCGGAAAUUCGUUUUUGAUUUGUUUUAGGGAGGUAAUUCUAUAACGUAAAAAUAAUUACUGGAGAAGUUGUUUCUAUAUGCAGUUCUAUGAGUACGUGAUUAGCCAUUCCAGUAAAAAAAUAUUGUUGCUUGAAUUCUGUCCUUCAACAUUGAUUUAAGCUUUUGUGAUUCUAUUCAAAAUGUGAAUGUGGAUAGAUCACAGUCCCAUUCUAGCUUGGCAGGUCCUCUCCUUUUUUUUUUCUUUUUUUUUUUUAUUUUGGAGAAUGAACUUCUAUUAGCUUAAUAAGUUGAGUUCAA